AACCGGGUGGAGGAAAAAUGUAAUAAUUCUAGUUAACAAUUUUUAGAGAUAAUUAUUUCAUAAUUAUUGAUUACCCACGGUUGGUUGGACCUUAUCCUAGACACACAAUAAUAACUAGUGCUUAUCUCAAUUAGCGUUAAAAUGGCAGAAUUACCGGCGGAGGCGACCAUACUGUGUCAUUUUGAAGCGUUGAUGAACAAGUCGCCCAUUUCACAGGUGGACGUCACCACUUUUUUACGAGAAAUGCGGCGAACACCCUCUGGAACAUUGGUCACUUCGAAAAUGUUGGCUUCAAAAAUUCAGUCUUCCUCCGAAGCUCAGGCGAUUCAAGCGUUUGAUGUCCUUGAACAGUGUCUCUCCUCAGAGACGGAGGGUUCGAUCGAAUUUAGGACAGAAAUAGGAAGAUACCGUUUCCUAAAUGAAAUUAUUCGAAUCCUGAGUCCAAAAUAUAGUGGCAACAAGACGCUACCAGCAGUGAAGGAGAGGGGAAUAAAAUUUCUGGAUGUUGCUGCUGGGACAAAGAGAAAACAAUGGUUUCCGAGUGAGCAUUCCAAAAUCUUGGCAGUGUACCAAUCUCUUGUGGAUGGUGGUGUUAUCAAGAAAAAUCCAAAAUUUCCAUCCUCCGAGGCCGAAGAAGAAGCCGAACUGCAAAAGAACAUUUUCGACAGGAAAGAAAACGCUGCAGUUUUACAGAAAUUACUCCAAUCGAAAGACCCUUCCGAUCUCCAAGCCGCUAAUCGUCUCAUAAAAAACCUUGUUGAAGAGGAAACCAAGCGGAACGAGAGGCGUGCAGAGCUACACUCACUAAUUGAUAGAAUCGAAACUUCAACUAGUCUCCUUAUGGAAAUGCUAAGUCAGCAUAAAAUUGAUAAAGAAAUUGUGGACGAGUUGGCAGAAAAUUGCAAGAGCUUGAGGCAGAAAUUGGGUGGAAUUGCAACAGAGACGAAUAACGAAACGACAUCUUUGCUGCAAGCAAGUGAAAAUUUGGAACAAGUUUUAAAUGUAUAUGAAGAGAAGAAAAAUUGUGCUUCAGAUCCGGAUCCUGAAGAUGAGGUUGUAGUGGAAGAUACUGAAAGAAAAAUAGAAUUGCCAAUGUCUGCAAUGUCACUUGUGGACGAGCUACUCCUUAAAUUAGAUUUAGGACCAACAAUGGACGAGAAUAAGUCACCUGGUGCUACCGGAUAUGUAGACAAUUUAUUAAAUUUUGACAUUGAUUUAAGUCCACAGACUUCAGAAAAACCUGCUCCGAAUCCUCUAGAUGAAAUUGAAAAAAUGAGUAGGAAAUUGAUGGAACAAAGUUUGUUGGGUCCUUGUGGUUCUAAUUCGACCUCGACCUUGACAAACUCUGAACUCAAAAAUAAGCUCUCAUUGGAAAAGCCUACACUUUCUCAAAUGCAGAAGUCUUCCCUGGAGAUGAAUGCAAAUCUUGACCAGAAGAACAAUCCAACGAAUAAUGGAGAUGAUCACGAUCUCUUGGCAUUGUUGGAUUUCGGAAUGUUUGACAAAUUACAUGACAAAGAAAAUAAUUCAGAAAACCCAGUACCCGAUAAAAAUUUACUGUUCGACUUUGGCGAAAGUCACUCAAAACCAAAAGUAAUAGCAUCACCAACGCCUCCUCCUAAUUCAAAUCCUCCCAAAGCAGAUGAAGACAUUUUGGCCGUGCGACAAUUACUGACCUCUAUAAAAGACUUGGAUUUGGACAAAGUAGAGUUGAAAGACUGCAUCAAACCAAUCGACCUCAGUUUGGAUUCGUCUUGUGUAAAUGUCACCUUAACGUUGACUUUUGCCAGCGUGCCGGAUUAUCCCCCAUGUGUCAAAGUGGCCGUGGUGGCUUUCACCAACAGAAAUCCAUCGUCAGGAAUUUACAACUACGUUUUCCAACUCAUGCCUCCAAAAGGUUUGCAGGUAAAACUCCUCCCACCCACCACAAUGGAGCUUCCUCCCUGGAAGAAAAGUUUUCUUCCUCCACCCGUUCUCACCCAAGUCGUGCUUAUCGUCAUUCCUCGAGACUUUCCUUCCCCAUCCAAAAAAAUUAAGUUUAUCCUAUCCUACAGCACGGACGAUGAUGAUACCGCCUUACACAAUGGGGACUUUGAAAUACCUUCGUCCUUACUCAAAAAUAUCUAAGAUGUUGAUGUGAUAUGAUAUUCAAAAAAGCUUUUAUAUGGAAUUUUGAUUUUAUCUCGACACGAGCAGCUUGCAUUUUACAUAAUAAUCUAUUGUGAUCACUCACUACGUCUUAUAUAGUUUACUUAGGUAGGAUAAUUGUUCAUGAUUUUUAGUCAACGAAACCACAUGUUACCACACCCUUGCUGAAAUAUGCUCUCUGAGCUUUUUAACUAUUAUUUGCUUUAGCAAUUUUAUUGUACGCACAUAAGUAUUAUGAAAGUGUUUGCUACGAUAUAAUGAAUAAAGCAACACUUUAAAGAGAUUAAAUAAAAUGGAGCAAAGUAAUUAUGAA